CCAAAGUUGUCUGGUGUUCUUUCCAGAUGACAAUUUCGUCCGAAAAGCUUCAUCACACAAUAUUUUAUGAAACCUCGAAGCAACAAUGCAUCGAAGGAAAUGUAAUGGCGUUUUCCGAUCACAAUGAAAUGGGCCAAAAUGAGAAAAUAGAAAAACAAAGACGUACGCCAUCUAGGCCAAGAAUUGAAGAGUCGGAGUUAAAGGUUAUACCCAAUCUCUCAACUCAGCCAUUUUUGCUGAAUUGGAAGACAAGAACAUUGGGAAAAGUCGAAAAAUAUCUUCCACAGAAUGCAUAUGGUGAUGCAAGUGAUCUGGCAAUUACAAAAAAUCUCUCUCACUUGCAUGUUAUGGAUGGUGAAGUAAUUAAUGGUGAAAAUGAUGUUGGUGGACCAGGACCAUCAUCACAACAUGUUGCUUUAAACAUGUUGUCCGAUGUUCUUGAUGAAACAAUAUUUAAUCUUGAAGAAGGCAAUCGACCAGAAGCAUUCCUUCCUCUUACAAUUGACUCCUCCUUGAGAAAUGAUGAGAAUUCAAGUUCUUGGACAUCUCCAAGUCCUCAACCAUCACCAGAUACUAAAUAUGAAUCAUCAUCCUUUUCUGGCGAGCACAUUUGGCAAACCAACGCUGAUGUAAAUCACAACACCUCAGUGAGUACACCAAUUACAUCACCUAGUCCUGUAUCCAUGCAUGGCUGGGCUAUCCAAUCACCAACCACCUCGCGUAUUAGCCACAAUGGUGUAUCCUUUAUUGAUGGUUAUGAAAAUCUUUCGUCACCUCAGAUGUCAUCGUCCGUGGAUAGCCUUGGUAAUGGUGGAUUCUUUUGUUCACAGUACUGUUCAGCACGUGAAGAAUGGGUACAUUCCAGUGACUCCGAAGGUCUCCGUUGUGGGGAACAUGUUGGAUCACUUGAGUACCACAGGGAAUCGCCGUUCCAUCAACCGCUAAAUCUUGUAUCCUUAAGCGGUUCCUGGCCUCAGAAUGGACAGAUGGGUAACGAAUGCGCUUUCACAGAAAUUGCUGCACAAUCACCACAGAAUGGAUAUUGUAACUCGUGGAAAGGAGGUGAUUUUAAUGAUUAUCAAGUGAGAAAUAUGGUUUUUCAACGAUCCAUUUCGUGUAAAUCAGAUGAUGAUUCAUGGAUUGGCCAUGGAAAGGAAAGUCUCACUGGUUCGCCCUACCCCAAGAAAAGCACUUGUAAUGAGUUGCAUUUGAGGAUUGAUCAAUGUUACGAGCAACUAAGAUGUCUGGAAAAAGAACGACGAAUGGCGGAAGUAGAUAUUAGUAAAUUCUGGCCAACAAGAAGGGUAUCAUCAUGUGGUCUAAACUCUUCCUCUGGACGGCUACAUCAUAAUCCAUCUCGUCUUGAUAAACUCUUACUUGACGUACAAAAGGAGCAUGCUAAGGUUGAAGCUCUAGUUGGUAGAAUUGAACGUAUCAGACAUUCUCCUUUAAAUAUAAACAUCAGUGAAAGUGUAGAUGACAUGUUGUCGUGUAUACGUCGUCUUCAGUCUUCUCGCAAGGAUGAAAUCAGCGGAUUUAAGGCAAGAAAUAAAACUGUAAAUGUAAACCGAACAAGUGAUUUUACAGACAUGAUAACACUGAUCGCCUCUGUACGAGAUCUGUCCUUGAAAACACGUGGUUGUCGAACUGCUGUUUGGUGUGCUUCACAGCUGAUUUUGAACGAGUUGAUGAAAUCUGGCCUUCCCACUCCAAGGUCACGUCGUUCAAGUAGCAACAGCGAGAGUGGGGUUGAGUCUUCCCCAAGUCCUUCAAAUGCUGGGGUCUCGUAGCCGAAAACUCAGAGGUGAUGCCUACGAAUAGGCGUGUUAUAUUAUAAUGGCAAUGUUGUGUACACGUGGCUGUUUACUCUUCCCUGGAGCAUCCAUUGGUCACAUGACGUUUAAAUAAACGUUGAGAAUAAGGCCUGGGCUAGGAUCUUAUCCACGUCUUCUUUGGAUUAGCUUUCAGCAUUCAUAACUUGGUUUCUUUCUUGUAGAAACAUAAAUGGGUUAAAUUGUUUUAUGUAUGUAUCGUUUCGAGACAUUGUUAGUGCGUAAGUGACUCGAUUCUUGUAGAGAAUUUUAGAGAAUCGUACUUAAGGAGUUCCUUGAACAAGAAAUUGGUGAAUUAUGAAAGACGAUGGUAGCAUUAUUAUGGGUCACUGCAAAAUUGACUUCACGACGUAAUGUGAUAAAAAGCGUUUGUACGAAGAUGACAUUUACAUUCAUCGUUGUUUGACAAUUUUCCACAUGUACAAGAAAUAUCAUUGAAAAGAAUGUAGAAUUGUUUAACGAGUUGUGAAAUGAAUUCGUCCUUGGCGAACUUUUCAUCAAAA